UCUCAGCUUUCUCAGAAACCACACCCCAGCUCUCAAAUGUCUGCACAAGCACCUCCCGCGGCCCAGCCCGAGGCCCAGCAAGCAGCAGCAGCACAGCAGCCUCCCAAGUCGCAGGUACUCUUCCGAUGCCGCGUGUGCCGCGUUCCGCUGGGGACUGACUCGUGCCUGCUCGCCCACGCGGAGGGCAGGGGCCAGGCGUCCUUCCGCCCGACCAAGCGCACGCGAGCCAUCCAGCAGAGCGCUCGAGCAAGCGCGGCAGGCCAGCGUGCGACGACGAUGGGCGCAGAUGGCGGUCUGACGGUCGUCUCGCUGCUCCACAAGACGGCCGCGUGCACGUCGCUCUUUGUCGAGCCGCUGCGCUGGAUGGAGCCGCAGCUCCAGCUCUCAGGCACCAACGCCGACCCAGACCAGGCUCACGCUCAUGCUGCUGGCGGCGAUUCGACCACGUCUGGCGAGGCGGACGCAGAACAGAGUCAUGACCACGACGCCGACCACGACGCCGACGCUGGCGAUGGUGAUGGUGAUGACGACUUGCACAAUCCUUACGCAACGUUGCGCACUGCGUCUGGCAAGGCUUACACAGACUUUACCGACGACGAUUACGAUGAAGAGAAGCCACAGCCGCUCGUCUAUGAGGGCAAAGUCAUGUGUCCGAACGCGAAGUGCGCGAGCAGGUUGGGUUACUUCAACUGGUAUGGUAUGCAAUGCUCUUGUGGCGCUUGGGUCACCCCCGCAUUCCAGAUUCACAAGAAUCGCGUCGAUUUGAUCGACGACCAGACUCUCACCCCGCUUCGCCCAACGUCCUACCCCAAGCCACCGGCCUCCACCACUCCCCAAGUUUCACAGAGCGAAUCGCCUGCAUCUCAACCUUAGCGUGGGUUGCAGAGUUGUAUGAGUCCAAUAAAACAGUUCAUU